AUGUCUGUUUCACAAAAUUCUUCUCUGCUGCUCAGUGUGGCACUUUUAUUCAUGAUUCAGUUGUUACUUUCAACCCGUGCGGCUCCGAUAAGUUGCAAAAACAACAGCAGAAAAUCCGAGAAAUUUAAGAACUGUGCUGAGCUUUACAAGUGCGGUCAAACCAUAAGUGGUGUUUAUACAAUCGACCCGGCUGACGGUAAAGGUGCCUUUAAUGUCUAUUGUGAUCAGACAACAGACGGUGGAGGAUGGACAGUGAUCCAGAAGAGGGUGGAUGACAUCGUAGAUUUCAACCGUACUUGGAAAGAGUAUAAAAAUGGAUUUGGUGAUUUCCUCAUUGGGGACUUUUGGCUCGGACUGGAAAAGAUCCAACGCCUGACGCAAAACAAAACAGAAAACAAACUCCGCGUGGAUCUAGGAGUAACUGCCAACAAAACUGGUCAUGCAGAGUAUGAAUGGUUUGGUAUUGAGACAGCUGAUUACAAGCUGCGCAUCGGCAGUAUUUCGGCAUCUGCAACCGUUAACGAUUCCCUAUCCCAUCAUAAUGGCAAGUUAUUCGGUACCUGGGACAGACCGUCAGCUAACAGUGUUUGUGCACCGAGGUUACCGAGGUUAUGCGAAGGCUGGUCGUACCUGCAAGUUGAUAAAGUUUGUACUGUUCGCUCAAAUCUCAACAAGUUCUAUCCUCCUCACUGGGGAGAGAUAGACCCUAAAGCUAAAACCGCUCUCAGCACAACUCAAAUGAAAAUCAGACAAAAAGACUUUAUCGUGGGUGAGUGA